AUGACCGACUCGAGUGCCACCGCAACCUCGAUAGCCGCCCCUUCGCACCCAUCCUACGACACCGACGACUCCCUCAUGUUGACUGACUAUGGCCUGUCUGAUUACCGAGCCUCUCCAAACAACGUCGGCACCAGUCCUGCAAACAUGAUGGCCUCUCUUGCCGACUAUGACAUGGCCUUCGCACAGGGCCAGUCAUAUGCCUCCAAUUUUGACGGUCUGCAGCCAAAGAUCGAGCCCGGCUACGCCGACCACAGAGGUAGCGUUGGCAACAUGAGCGACGCGGGUAUGAGCGGUGCCGGCAGCAGCGUUCACCCAACCAGAAUGAGCAUCGGCGGAAGCCCGGCUCACGACGGGAACCAUACGAGCCCGGAGAGCGCUCAGGCUAUGAACAUGUUUGCCAUGGGAGAUGUUUUGAAAGACGCCUCAGCCAACAGCAUCAAUGGCACAGACCAUUCGACUACGUCGAGACGGAGUAAAGAUGAUGUCCAGGACCCGCCACUGUGGAGUGAAAUGAAGACAAAGGCAGGCAAGGAAAGAAAGAGGCUGCCGCUGGCUUGCAUUGCCUGCCGGAGAAAGAAGAUUCGCUGCUCUGGCGAAAAGCCGGCAUGCAAGCACUGUCUGCGCAGCAGGAUACCAUGUGUGUACAAGGUCACGACGCGAAAAGCUGCGCCGAGAACCGACUAUAUGGCCAUGCUAGACAAGAGGUUGAAGCGCAUGGAAGACCGUGUCAUUAAACUCAUACCAAAAGAAAGCCUGCCUUCAGUCGCCAAUGUAGGCAGAUCCGUCGUUAAGCCCGCUAUCCCCGGCGCCCCACCCAAAACACCCACCACAAAGAAACGUGCCGCAGAAGAGGCCUUUGGCAAUGAGCUCGAUGAGUGGUCAAAAGCAAGAGGCGCAGACCCAAACACUGCCAACUCAACUACCCAAACUAAGGAAUCAGAUGAGAGCAAGCUCCUCACAGAAGGUGCCGACAGCUUGCCAUCAAAAGAGAUGCAAGAGCACUUGGCAGAGGUCUACUUUGACUAUGUCUACGGCCAAAGCUAUCCCCUUCUUCACAAGCCCAGCUUCAUGAGGAAGCUGGCAACAGGCAAAGUUCCGCCUGUACUAAUUCUGGCCCUGUGUGCCAUUUCAGCACGCUUCUCAAACCAUCCCCAAUUACGGACAGAACCGUGUUUUCUGCGAGGUGACAACUGGGCAGUACGAGCGCGUGAAAUUGCGCUAAAACGAUACGAUGCGCCUAACAUCACAAUUCUCAUAGUCUACUUGUUGCUUGGAUUGCAUGAAUUUGGUACAUGUCAGGGUGGUCGGAGUUGGAUGUUUGGCGGCAUGGCGCAAAGAAUGGCAUACGCACUGCAAUUACACAAGGAAAAUGAAUACGACCCGCUGGUCAGCGAACCCGACAGGAAACCCCUGAGCGCCACUGACAGAGAAAUACGGCGGCGGACAAUGUGGUCUUGCUUCUUGAUGGAUCGGUUCAACUCUUCUGGUUCCGACCGACCACUUUUCGUGCACGAGCAAUACAUUGAAGUGCAAUUACCAGUCAAGGAGCACCUUUACACACACGAGAUACAUGCGCCGACGGAGAAUCUCGAGGGCAAUGUGCCAAAUCCCGUUCCACCUGACAGCGGUCAGCUUUCGAAUCCCCGCGACAACAUGGGUGUCUCUGCAUAUACCAUUCGACUGGUCUGCACAUGGGGAAAACUGAUCAAGUAUAUGAACUUGGGUGGCAAAGAACGCGAAUCCGAGACUAUGUGGUCUCCAGGGUCCACGUUCCAUGCUAUUAAAAAGGAAGCCAAGGAUUUCAAGGCUGCAUUGCCUGAGAUGCUCGUGUACACCCCCGAAAACCUCAAGAGCCACGCCAUUGGAAAGACUGCCAACUCUUUCCUCUACCUUCACAUAUUAUGGCAGCAAAUCAUGCUUUUCAUGCAUCGUUUUGCAUUGCCUUCGACCGCAGGAAGUAGACCCCCAAAGGAUAUGCCACACGACUUUUUGACAGAAUCCGCCCGCGCUGCACUCGACGCUGCGAACCAAAUAUCAAUCCUCAUCAAUGAAGCUAUGGAUCACAAUGUUGUCGCCCCAUUUGCAGGAUACUCGGCCUUCUUUUCUUCCACCGUCCAUGUCCAUGGAGUCUUCUCGAAAAACCCAAAGCUGGAAGCACAAUCGAAAAAAUACCUCGCGUACAACGUCAAGUAUCUGACAAAGAUGAAGAAGUACUGGGGCAUGUUUCACUACAUUGCAGAAAAUCUCAAAGAGUUGUACCGACAACAUGCUGAUGCGCAGCUCAAGGGACCCGAUACUAGGGGUGAAAACAAGGGUAGAAUCUUCCAAUAUGGGGAUUGGUUCGACAGAUAUCCCCAUGGAGUUUCAAAGACGGAUUACGAAGAUGCGGCCGAGUCGAACCAGUCCGAACCAGGCACCGAUGCGGUUCUGGGUCAUAGGAGCGACCUCCAGAGUGUGGAAGAAUUCUUCGCCUCGUUAUCCCCGCCGUCAAAGACAGAGCACCACCGCAAGCAAGCGCGGAAAAAUAGAACAAAGUCAAUGUCGAAGCCCGAACCGCGGUACCAGCAGCACAACGGUCACUCUCAGCAAAAUUCUGCUGCGCACAUGCAAGCACAGCAGCACCUGGAACCAGUCAACAUGUUCACCCAAGACGAUAUCCGAGGAGCCAUGGCCGCCGGAUACGAAUCCGUAAACCUUUACGUGCAACAACAACAGCAACAACAGCAACAAUCUUCAUCCCAGCAAUUCCUCGCCGACUUUACAUCGCACCACCAACCCCAGCACUCCUCCCUCCCCCUCCUCAACACCUCACCCACAAUGAUCCACCCGUCCCACGCCCACCAAAUGGACUCUUCAGCCCACACCGCCAACCUCUCUCCUUUCCCCGACCUAGCCACCGACUUCCACAACGCCUACUGGAACCUCGACGCCCUCGGCCUUGGCCCCACAAGCAACUUCUUCGAUCCCAUGAGCAGCUACUUUGUCCCCUUUAACGUGGAUCCUCCGCCCCAGCAGAAUCUAAGUGACGACGCUGUGUUUGCGGGCCAGGGACCCGAAGCCUAUGGUUUUGCGCUGGGAGCUGGUACGCCGGUGGAUUUGGAUCUCAUGCAUGGGGUUGGGGUUGGAGCUACUGGUGGUGGUGGGGGGAUGGCAAGGCAUCGGAGUAGUGUUAGUGGUGCUGCUGCUGUUGUUUCGAGACCGGGUAUGGGUGGAAGACGAGGUACGGGAUCUGGUCUUGAAUGA